AGCGUCCUUUCCUCCUCCCCGCAGACUCUUGGCUUAUCUAGUUGCCCCAGGACCCGAGAACUCGGGGCACUUCCUCUCCCGCCGUAGCCAAACCUGGCUUAAAAACCUUCGCCACCGGGCGCGGGAUUACAAAGGAGACCGCCUGCCUCCUUUGUCCUGGAUCAGGGAGCUGAGCGCCUCCGUCGCCAUUGGCCUUCCUCCCCCAGCUCCAGCCUCUCUCACCUUGGGAAGCUGCGUCAGAAGUCGCUCGCAGUCCCGCCAGCCCAGGUAGCCCUGCCGAGACUGCGGAGGAAGCGAGGCCGCGGCGGGAGGCCGGGCCCGUCAGGCGCCAUUUCCACCGGGAGCGCGCCCGGUGGCCCGACCUCGCCUGCUCGCUUCACUCCCCACCCGCGUCCCUUCCCGGGAGGCGCGGCCGCCCCUCAGCCCGUGGCCUCCUAAGUCAGUUUUCAUUAGCUGGGGGACAAAAAGUGGAAAGGGCGGGAAGCCGAUGUGUCAGCGCCACCGUACCCAAAAUGGCGGAGGCCCAACCAGCAGGCAAAGGGGGACACGCUGGGAGCCCCCCACUCCGGGCCCUGCCGUCGUCCGCUGGAGUCCACCCAAGCAGUCCUGCCUGGUAGCAAGGAGUGGAGUGGACACCAGUAGGCCUGAGCCCACAAGGAUGAUGAAGAUCCCGAUUUUCAUAGCCGAUGCGUUUACAGCAACAGCAUUCUGUGGGAAUCCUGCUGCUGUUUGCCUCCUAGAAAAUAAAUUGGAUGAAGACAUGCACCAAAAAAUUGCAAAGGAAAUGAAUCUCUCUGAAACUGCUUUUAUCCGAAAACUUCACCCAACAGACAACUUCACACAAAGUUCCUGCUUUGGACUGAGGUGGUUCACACCGGCGAGUGAGAUACCCCUCUGCGGCCAUGCCACCCUGGCUUCUGCGGCUGUGCUGUUCUACAAACUAAACAACACGAGCAGCACCCUCACCUUCGUCACCCUGAGUGGGGAACUAACGGCCCGAAGAGCCGAAGAUGGGAUCAUCCUGGACCUGCCCCUCUACCCUACCCAGCCCCAGGACUUCCAUGAAGUGGAGAACUUGAUAAAGGCGGCGAUAGGUGACACGCAGGUCCAGGACGUCCGCUAUUCUCCAGAUACCCAGAACCUCCUUGUGCGGCUCAGUGACUCCUAUGACAGGUCAUUUCUGGAGAUCCUGAAAGUGAACACAGGGACUCUGACCCAAGUGGAGACCACAAGGAAGAUAAGUGGACUUAUUGUCACCCUCAAAGCAGAGCCUGCUGGGCACACCCAAGCAUUUGACUUUUACUCCAGAUAUUUUUCACCAUGGUUUGGUGUGGCCGAAGACCCCGUAACAGCCGGAAGCAGAGGGACGACUUCACAGAGGGGCAGGACUACCAUGCUGCCUAUUUUCAUCCUGUUUGGAACUCUGGGCUGGUCACAUACCUGUAAUCCCAGGGCUCGCGCACACUAUUCUCAGUGGCUACUGGUCCCAGCAGCUGGGGAAGAAAGACAUGCGGGCAUUUCAGUGCUCCCCACGAGGAGGAGAACUGGGUAUUUCCCUGCGCCCUCAUGCACGAGUGGACAUCAAGGGCCGCGCAGUCUUGGUUGUGGAAGGCACGCUGACCAUCUAGGGAUGCGGGUGCAGGACGCCGCUGUCCCUAUCCACACGGAGUUUUCCAGGUCGCAUCAAAGAAAGCCGAGCACCUGCUUGUAGUCCACUUACUCCUUAUGCCAAAUGUAGAGAAAAGGAGCCGCGCUGAGGGCUUUAACCACUUGUGCAGACUAAUCAACCAGCGCAGUGCGGCUCCACCCGCAAGUGUCCUUGACUACAUCACCCGCAACCUCAACCAUGCUGGGGACACUGGACCCAGGGCCUUGCCCUUGUGGGCUAAGGAGGGCUCUGUGGCCCAGCCUCCUCCCCGUGAAUGUUUUUGACUGGGAGUAAUCAGGAGACAGCACUGCUGGCCCUUCUGUGGUCGCAGUGCCCGUCAGAGAACGAGGAACACUGCAUUUAUGAAGAGGGAGGCUUUCGCUUAGGUGUCUGUACCUGACAGAAUAUUUUUGCAGUCAUAGAAAAGACUCAGUGACUAUGUGGACACACAGAACAUUGUUUCGUUAUCUAAUACUAAGAAAGAAUUGUAGUAAGCUGUGAAGUGUCGGCAGUGUUACACCCUGACGAUAGAGAAAAACGUGAGCUGUGAAAACAGAUCAUAUGUGUGAGGCCCGACUGAAAGUAAUUCUAAUGAAGCUAAACAGUAUUCCCUUUACUCUUGCACUCACGUGUAACGACUAAAAAUUAAGACAAAGCCCAGGACAGCAAACAAAUGUGAGUCAGGGUAUUUCCUGCGUUAGUAAAAUUGAACACUGAAAUGAA